UUCUUUUUAACCUCUAAUAUAAAUACAUAUAUAACAAUUUUUAUCCUUUCUUCUUUUUCUUCUUUUUUUUUAUAUACCUUUUUUUUUUCUUUAAAAAUAAUAAUAUACAUGUCCAAAGCUUCAAAUGAGAAGCCUCUUAAAAGAGUCAAAGUCACUUUAGCCUGUACUAGUUGUCGUAAAAAAAAGGUGAAAUGUGAUGGAGUUCAACCUACAUGUUUUAGAUGUCAAUCUAUUGGUAUUUGCUGUCAAUAUUCUGGACAUCCGAAAAAAAGAGGUCCACCUAAAGGAUAUGUUGAAGUCAUCGAAAAUCGAGCACAUAGAAUAAAAUCAAUUUUAUGUCAGCAAUCAAUGGAUAACAAUUCAUCAUUAUCAGUCACGUUGAGAAAAUACAACCACCUUUGAAUUCAUUAUUUUGUUUAGUCACUGAUGCAGCUGAAGCUGUCUUUGAUCAAGAAAGGACAGCUACUAAAUCAAAUAUACACCAAUGGCAUCUUGAACGCUUUUC